CGAAUCAAGGGCUAACAUAGUCGGUUAGUCCUCCUUUCAGAGCACAUGUAAUGGCACCGGCCGAGCUACUUAUCUUCGUCGUACUACUCUUGGUGAAUACUGGCACCAGCAUCCUCAACACCAAGUCGAAAGCAGCUAAACUAUUCCCGGCAAUCCUCAUAUUCGGGGACUCAACAGUAGACACCGGUAAUAACAACUACAUUGUGACUUUGUUCAAGGGCAACCACCUCCCUUAUGGCCGCGACUUCCCUGGUCAAGUUCCCACGGGUAGAUUUUCUAGUGGAAAACUCGUUCCUGAUUUCGUCGCUUCUGCGGCUGGUAUAGAGACAGUUCCUCCGUUUCUAGAGCCUGACCUAAAGGACGGACAACUCCGCACGGGCGUUAGCUUCGCCUCGGGAGGAUCAGGGUUUGAUGAUCUGACAACCGCAAUUUCUGGUGUAAUCCCGAUGUCAAAGCAACUUGAAUAUUUGGAGAAGUACAUUCAGAGGCUUAACAAGAUGGUAGAAGAGGAGGCAAAGAAGAUUUUAAAAGGAGCGUUGGUCAUCAUCAGUGCAGGAACUAAUGACUUCAUAUUUAAUUUCUAUGAUAUUCCCACGAGGAGAAUCCAAUUCAAUAUCGGCGAAUACCAAGACUUUUUGCUGGGAAGACUACGAGACUUCAUAUUGCAACUCCACGAACUCGGGUGCCGUAAGAUAGCGGUGGCGGGGAUUCCUCCAGUUGGCUGUCUGCCCAUUCAAAUGACCGCAAAAUUCAAGAACCCCGAGGAUCGAAAAUGCGUAGAAGAGGAAAACCUCGAUGCUCGAAUCUACAAUCACAAGCUAGCAAAUCUUUUGCCUCAACUACAAUCAGUGCUUCCAAAAAGCAAGAUUGCCUAUGCGGAUGUGUACGAGCCAAUGAUUGACAUGAUCAAUCAUCCUCAGAAGUAUGGAUUCCUGGAAACAAAGAAAGGAUGCUGUGGCACUGGAUUUGUGGAAGCAGGACCUCUGUGCAACGAACUCACACCAACAUGUCGUAAUUCAUCGCAAUACUUAUUCUGGGAUAGCAUUCAUCCAUGCGAGUCGGCGUACUACUACAUCUCUCUGUUCCUAGAGGAGCAAGUUCUUCCUCAAUUAUUCUUUUGCGACUCUACACAUGAAUACUGAAGAUCCAUUGAUCUAUAUGCCAUUGUUAAAAAAGGAAAAGGGCGCAGGUAUUACACAUGAUUAGCAAAUAUGAAAGGAGAAAAGGAACCGUUCAAGAUUCAACUUUA